GCUGGCUCCAGCGGUAGGAGUCCCUGACGCGCGCUGCACGUGGGCUCCUCCGGCCCUGCGGGCCACCGGUAUGUUCGAAGAGCCUGAAUGGGUCGGGGCGGCUCCAGCCAUCAUGGGCCUAGGGCCCGCGACAGCACAGGUUCGGCCGGCGACUGCCCCACCAGUUAAGGGCCGCAAGCGCCGCCAUCUCUUGGCCACAUUACGGGCCCUGGAAGCAGCAUCUCUCUCCCACCAAUCCCCCAGCCUACCUGGCAGUGACUCUGAGGAGGAGGAAGACGUAGGAAGGAAGAAGAGACACCUCCAAAGGCCCUCGCUUGCCAGCAUCUCAAAGGAAGUAGUGAAGAAAAGAAAAGGGAAAUGUGAAAAACAGGCGCCAUCAGUCAGUGACUCUGAGGGGAAAGAAGUAGGAAGAAAAUGCCACAGACAAGCUCCUCCUCUUGGUGGGAUCUCUGCUGGAGAAGAAAAAGGAAAGAGGAAAUACCAGGAAUACUCCUCUUUACAUCUAACCCAGCCCCUGGACAGUGUUGACCAAACAGUUCACAAUUUGAGGACGAGUACUGCUACAAUUGACCCACCUAAGCCAAGCCCUGAGUCUACAUCACCUAACUCCUCACACACCUUGAGCCGCAAGCAGUGGCGGAAUCGGCAGAAAAAUAAGCGGAGACACAAGAACAAAUUUCGACCACUUCAGACACCAGACCAGGUUCCCUCCAAGGCUUCCAUAGAGGAGACUGAAGUACCUCCUGCUCCAAAGUCAGACAGUCAAGAGACUAGAGCUGGAGCCCUGCGAGCACGGAUGACACAACGCCUGGAUGGGGCCCGAUUUCGCUACCUUAAUGAACGGUUGUACUCAGGGCCCAGCAGUGCUGCCCAACGCCUAUUCCAGGAAGACCCUGAGGCUUUUCUCCUUUAUCACCGUGGCUUUCAGAGACAAGUAAAGAAGUGGCCACUGCACCCGGUGGACCGUAUUGCCAAAGAUCUCCGCCAGAAGCCUGCGUCCUUAGUGGUAGCUGACUUUGGCUGUGGAGAUUGCCGCCUAGCUUCAAGUGUCCGCAACCCUGUGCACUGUUUUGAUUUGGCUUCUCUGGACCCUAGGGUCACUGUAUGUGACAUGGCCCGGGUACCUCUAGAGGAUGAAUCUGUGGACGUGGCUGUGUUUUGCCUUUCACUAAUGGGAACUAACAUCAGGGACUUCCUUGAGGAGGCAAAUCGAGUGCUAAAGCCAGGGGGUCUUCUCAAAGUAGCUGAAGUCAGCAGCCGCUUUGAAGAUACUCGGACCUUUUUGGGGGCUGUGACCAAACUCGGCUUUAAGGUUAUCUACAAGGACCUGACCAACAGCCACUUCUUCUUGUUUGACUUUGAAAAAACUGGACCUCCUCGAGUAGGACCCAAAGCCCAACUUUCAGGCCUUAAACUUCAGCCUUGUCUCUACAAGCGCAGGUGACCAGUGGACACCCAUUGAAAGGGGAGAGCUCGGACUCCAAUCUCAGAACUCUGAAGACUGUACCUACCCAGGCUAUGAGGCAGGAUCUGAUACAUCACACCCUCCUUCUAUUCUUACACAGAAGUAGUAAAGCCCACAGAAGGGUAAAGCCUCCAGCUCAGCUCCACUCUAAUGGAGCUCUCUUGGCUACAGAGAGCAUGAAAUUACUUGGGCAGGCUCAAGAAUGAGGUGUUUAUUGUGAGGGUAUAGAUGGGUCUGGUAAUUGUCGGCCUCUUCAGGUAUCGUGGAAACUAGUCAUCUGAGAAUUGAUAGCUCUCUGGGUUUGGUUUGUCUUCAUCUCUCAGAAGGCAUGUGGGCUCUCUGCUGUGUUGUCUUCUGACCUGUAUUGUCCACCUCUACUCAGCCAUAGUUUCUGCUCCUUCAGCUUCAAGACUGCAGACUUGGGGCUGGGAGUUAUUUAAUUUCUUUGUUUCUUAGAUCUGGGAAUCAUUUAAUUUUUUUCUGUGUUGUUGUUUGUUGUUGUUGUUUUGAGACAGCAUCUCACACUAGUCCAGGCUGACCUCAAACAAAACAAAUGGCAAUCCUCCUGCCUCAGCCUCCUGAUUAUUGGGAUCACAGGCAUGAGCCACCAUAUUCAGUUUAAGAAAUCAUUUACUUUCUGAAUAUUCCAUUUCUCAUUUGAAAAACGUGAAAUCUUGUCUUACAGUGUGUUGUAUGGGUUCACUGAGGAAAGCUAGAGCUGGGACUAGUAGGAGGUGCUGAAUAAACAAGCUGUGGCUAUUGUGUCUUGUUGAUCUUACUGUUCUUUAAUAAGCACCCCUAAGCAGGCUUAGAGAUCGAAGAGUAAGUAAUUUAGAUGUGCCCGAAGAAGAUUGGGAGAGUUUGAUAAAGGCAUGUAAACAAGCUUAUUUGCUAUUUAGAGACUUAGUGCAUUUGAAGCUUUCCUUGCUUGGAAGGGGGUAAUAAAGAAGCUGGAUCUCUGUUCAGUA